CUGACACGAACGUCCUAUUAUCGUCCGGCCGUCAUGACGACGACAAACGCCCCAUAUUACCAUAUGCACGGUCGCCAGUUCCCCCAUCCCGCAAACGCUUCCUUCAUGUCUGAUCACGCCGACCCUGCUGGUUUCGACCCUGCGACACCUGCUGCUACCAGCUUGACUCCGAAUGAUGUCUCCUCCUCCUCUUCCACUGCCGCUGUCGCCGCUCCGUCUUCUUCUUAUACGUACUCGGAGCGCCGUCGUUCGGAAGAGCCAGAGCUCCCCACUGCCAGCUUAGAGGACAACCACCACUUUGUCGAGCUUCUAGAAGCCGCUACUACGGCCGCCGCAGGUCAGACUACCAACGUCGGCACCACAUCGAUGGAGAGGGCUGGCUCGUUGGAUCCGUCCACGGGCAAGCGGAAGAGAGUCUCUAGCAGUCCGCCAGCUGAUGGUGGUGCGACAAGCGCAGAGCAGCCCAAGCGCGCAAGGACUGACAUACCUUCUCAAUCUCAGCCCCGGGACACUGAAGAUGGCGCGAGAGAUAUCUCGGAGGCUAACAGUGUAUCAGCAUCAACUGACACUGCGUUGCUCGAUGCAAGAGCUGCAGGUGUUCACUCUGCCGCUGCACUCUUUCGUCGCACGUCUGAGAGGUCAGGCCGAAAGUACACACGUCCUCCCAUGUCCAAGUUGUUCAUCUCCCUUCAGCUUUCCCCAGAGAACUUCUUGCACCUGCAGGCGCAGGCUAAAGCCUUCAUGCUUGAUCCGACGCAUCCGGAGCGGCAGAACUGUGUGGGAAAUAGAGGCAAGGGAGACACAGACAUGGUGAAAUUGAGACUAUUCAAUUGUGUCAAGGACUUUUUGAGUGACCGUGUCGGUGAGCAGUACUUUGGCGACGGGGUUGAGAAGCCUCAUAAAUCCGACACCCUGGAUGCUGCACGUGCGCUCGGUGAAGACAGACUCCCUACUGAUGAGAGAUUGAUCUGGCCGAGAGAUGGAAACAAAAUCAUCAGCCUAGUAACUCCUCUUCUCAGGCGCAUGGUUACGAAUGAACGGCAACGCAUGUACGCCAUUGAGACACGCAGCAAGGGCGGCUCGAAGAAGAAGGAUCUGACUCCUUCACCAACUCAGGAGGACUUUCACACCACGAACGAUGCGGGGCAAGCUGCUAAGCUGAUUCAACCUCAACCCAUGUCUUCGCGUAACGUGAGUCCAUCACAAGUGCCGAGUCCACCGCAAGGGCCGAGUUCACAGGUCAAUACGCCUAUGCCCACCUCGAUGGCAUUUACCUCUCCGUUAAGCGAUCGCGGAUCUGCCACAUCAAUGCACUAUAUCGAAUCAGACUCGACGGCCAAAUUCUUUCCAAACGACAGAAUGAAGCUACCUACAACUGUGCAUGACGAUUCGGAGCUCUUGCUCAACAGGAUCAACUUGUUUGUUUCGAAGAACGCUCAUGUCCUCCGCACCGAGAAACGCUUCGUCAACGCUCCAUCGGCACCACUAAUUCACAUGACGUGGCAGGAGCUGAGUAUUCGCAUUGUGGAGUUGGUGAAAGAGACACUGCUGCGCUAUCCUGACUUGCAAGAGGAGUUGAAGCGUUCGGCGAACAUGGGCCCCGAGGCUCUUAGAGGUUUGGCUGCAGCUGCAACAGAGAUGCACCACAACAAUCACACCAAUGCUUCGUCAGAGAUGGACGCGGAUGAUGACAGCGGUACAGUUGGUGCAACUUCUUCAAGCCACGCUCCUCAAUCCACCUCUGAUGCUGCUUCAUUGAUUAGCGGUGGCUUGCCCGGGUACAGGGUCGGAGCUCAGACCUCGCAAGGUUGGACCAACAUCGCGAACGAAGACGACUGGGUGCUUGUCAAGAGAGACAUGGCCCGUGCCGUGUGGGCAGACAAGGUUUGCAAUGUUGUAGUUUCUUUAUUGCCUUGA